AUGUUGGCAGGGACACUACAGGCUGAGGACGUUGGACACUACGCUGGUGGGACACUACAGGCUGAGGAGGACACUCCUCAUGUUUCAGCAAGAGGAGGAGGAGGUGAUCAAGAGACGAAGCAAGACGAGCAGCAGACACGGUCACGGCAGCGGGACGACCAGGAUGGAUCCACCGCAGAAAAACAGCACAGGGUGGAAGAGGCGGUGAGUAGGAGGCUUGAGGAUGAUGACGAUGAUGAUGAUGGUUUCUUCGGACCAGCUCUUCCUCCUGGGUUCUCAAAGCCACAGGCUUCACCAGAGAGGCCAGGUGUAUUGGGACCAGCCUUACCCCCAGGAUUUCACAGACCGGCCUCUGAUGAAGAUGAUGAUGAUGGUGAGGAUGAUUUCCCUCUGCCAGCCCCUGCCACGGGCUACACAGCAGAACCCUCCAGCGGUGAUGAAGAGGAGGAUGAAGAGGUGAUCGGACCCAUGCCUGCUCUUGGUGCCAUCCGGGACUCCGUGGCUCUGGACAUCGAACGCAGAGCUCAGAAGAUGAAGGACAGACUGACAGGAGCAGAUGAGAACUCCACCGCCACUUAUUCUACAUCUAGACUCUUGUCCUACAUCUAG